AUGAGCGUGUGUGAGAUCGACGCAGUAGGUAACACGCCCAGCAGCACCUCUCAGAAGCACAGCCACAGCACAGACAGCCACGGCGUGCUUGUUGUGGAGAAGCACGGCUGCACGUGGGUGCGGGUGAAUCAACUGGACGAGGCACAGAAGCUCUUGACAGCCAAUACGCACAUCGCUGCGCGAUUGGUAGUGG